AUGGUAUUGAAGAGAAAGCAUUCGUCGGCGGAAGAGUUGCUCGAAUCCCCGAAGCGGUCGAGGCCGGUUGUCGAAGAGACGACGACACCGGUUUCAUCUCACGGAGAUAUAUUCUCCUUUUGUCCAGCCGAGAUCAAAAUUCAGGUCUUCAGUUUACUCGAUGAGGCAGAUACUGCAAAUCUGUCGCGGUGUUCGAGGUCCUUCUAUGCGUUCUCAUGGGGACUGCGUUUUAAAUCCGUUAUUUUGGAUGAGAAAUCAAUCAAAAUAUUCCAAACUGGGGGAUUGGGUGAGCAUGGCUGCCAUCAUAUAAGCUCCGUGCGUCUUGGGAAGAAAUAUAAAUGGUCCAAGAAUGCAUCUAAGCUAGGGGCCUAUUUCUGUGGCGAUAAAAUCGACACGAACGGUGCUUUAGAUCAGAUGCGAGCGGUUUUGGCUCUGUUCCCGAAUCUUCAACGAUUGUCACUAUCCUAUCAUAUAUCUACUGCAGCCGAAAAUAAUACCUAUGUUGCUAUUUUCAACGAAAUCUCUCGCCAUCCGACAAUGUGGAGUAGUCUUGAAUAUUUGGGAAUUGAAGCUGUUAAGGUACCAGAAAUGGAUCCUAAGGGGUGUUAUCAAAAAUCGGGCGAGCUAUACGGAAAGCUUUACUCGGAACUAUCGGUUGAGAACCAGAGGUUUCUUGGAGAUAAAGUGGCGGAUGGCGAGGUUGGGAAACUAUUGAAAGAAAGAUUAGAGACUCAGGGUUUUCCGAACUUGAGAAAGGUUAAAAUAGCAGCCAAUUGCCUUGCUGGACCUAUGUCAGAUCCUAAAUCCGCCUAUAUGAAGCGGACGGGGUUUUAUUAUAUUCCGCUGUUGUUUGCACCUCAAUUGCAGACCCUCACUGUCGAGACAACAGAUUCAUGUCAUAUUUUUGAUAUAUAUGGGUUCACCGUGCGCGACGACAUGAAAGGUCGAGCAAAGGCAGACUUCGAAGCGGGACUUCUUGACGUAUUCUCGAAGAUCAAAAAGCUUUCACUCACCACAUAUGACUCGCCAAAACCGAAAGAUAUUCAAAGAAUUGCGUACAGGUUUCCCAAUUUGACAACUUUAAAGAUCAAAAUGUUUAAUGACAGACCUUGCGACGGAUACACCAACAACCGUAUACCAUAUACGUCGAUUAAAGACCUAAAGCACCUGGAGACUUUAAACCUACCAUGGCCUAGAAGUGAGGAAGGAUGUUUUAAGAUAACGAGGUUACAAGGACAGGUAAAAACCUGGAAGCAAUCUGGGUUGGAUUCUUUGGAGAUUAUUGACUUUCGGGGCAAAAAGGAUAAGGCGACAGGAUUUGCGAGGGUGUGGUCUGAUACUCAUGCCGGUUAUCGAAUUCGGUUUGGGGCUGUAUAUCCGUGUGGUAAUACGUCUGGGUAUGAGGAUAAUCAUAGGAGAAAACUAGCAGCAGCUUGA